AUGGAAGCCGCAUUGGAGAUUGGUGUCGAGGUGCUAGAAGUCGUCGGAGACUCCAACCUGGUCGUAUCGCAAGCAAACGGAGAAUGGAAGGUAACCUUCACGCAUGUACCAAGGAUGAAGAACCGCUUCGCAGAUGCCCUGGCCACUUUAGCAUCCAUGCUGGAACUUCCAAUUGGGGUGAAGCUAAGGCCUGUCAUGAUUGAGCAGAGGGGAAAACAUAUGUACGACUAUGUCAUGAACAUCGACGAACUGGACGAUGGACUCCCUUGGUUCUACGAUAUCCGGAAUAUCGUCGAGAAAUGGGAGUUACCUAUGGAUUCAACUAAGAAAGAUCGGAUCGCACUACAACGACUCGCAUCUCAAUACAUCAUCUGUGGAGGACAAUUAUACCGGCGAUCUCCUUGCGGAGUUCACAAGCUAUUGCAUCGAGUACGUACGCCGAUGCCACAAGUGCUAGACUCAUGCCAACCUUAUCCAUGUUCCGCCCUCGGAGUUGCACUCGAUGGCAACGCCAUGGCCAUUCUCCGCUUGGGGCAUUGA